AUGACCAGUCAGAAGUGUGUGCUCGAGCCUUUUGAGUUUCAGCAGGUUGGCGGCAGGUGCAAGUUGGUUCUUGAAGACGACUUCGCCAGCUGCGCCUAUUGCGAAGAGUCUCGCCGCGCUACCCGCGACCGAGAUUUGCGGGCUGAGUGGCUGAAACACCAGGAGGCCUUGCGCCUACAGCGACUGCAAGAUCAGGUCACUCGCUGGCUGAAAGAACACAACUUCCAGGGCGUGAACGAACCCAAAGUCUCGCGCUGCGGGCUCCGCCGCACCUUUCCCUUGCUGGAGGCUGCUCGGACGCAACAGGCAAUGGUACCACUGCUGGUUCGGUGCGGUGCAAAUCCCAUGCAGAAGGACCUGCUGGGUUACACCGUGCUGGAUCGCUUGCAGUGCCAAGGCCUGCGCGCCCGAGUUCGCAAACUUUGGCGGAACUGGCAAGCGGCGCAGUUCUAA